AUGCAUGAUUUCUUGGACCACAGAGAUAAGUUCAUCAAGCUAGAUGAGGUGGUGAAGAAUGUAGACCCAGCAAAGGCUGACAACCAUGGUCGAAGAAGUGGCAAGGAUGGGAAGGGUUGCCAUAUUGUGUCCGACAAUGGAACUCAAUUUGACAGCGAACACUUAACAAGCUUUUGUGUCCUCCAUGGAAUAGUGAAUAGAUUUUCAGUAGUGACACACCCCCAAGAGAAUGGAAAAGUAGAGGCCUUCAACAAGACCCUCAAAGAUACUCUGAAAAAGCACCUAGAGGAAGCGAAAGGAGCUUGGCCAGACAAACUUUCAGAGGCACUAUGGUCCUACAGGACCACAGCUCAAACUUCUACCGGCCACAUGCCCUUCGCGCUCGCCUAUGGAUGCAAGGCCAUGCUGCUUGUUGGAGUAUACAUCCCGUCGCACAGAAGAAUGAACUACGAUCAAAGGUAG